GAUAUUGUUUAAAAUUACGUGUUUCUAAAUACGGACAUUAUUUACAUUAUGAUUAUUAUUAGUAUUUAUGUUUACAUAUAUUCCUAUGAUGAUACCAGUUACAAUAAGUAGAUAAUUAUUCAUGUUCCGGAAAAAUGAAAGAAAAAUCACAUGAUAUGGAAAACCCAUGCAUUUUAUAGAUGAUUUGUUCGUAUGACGUGGAUGUGGUAAUAAUCCCUAAAACAUGCAAUGAAUGAAGAUUCCCAUAUGAAUAAAGGGGCAAGAAAGUAGGGGAACGGAAUUUUUUAUUUUUAUGUUAAAUAGUAAAGCUGAGUAAGUCAGAAGUGGAGAGUAUACAGUAUAUAAAAGGAUUGAUCAUGGCAGAGAUAAAGUUUACCAAGAGUACAGAAGAAGUUUCAUUGAUAAAUGCCGAUGAUCAGCCGAUAGAGACGACAACUGGCCUAAAUGUGUUCACAACAUGUUUGUUUAUUGUUGGAGUCAUUGCUGGAUCCGGGUUUUUGACGUUACCAAAGGCUAUAGAUGAUUCAGGAUGGAUUGGAUUUGUGUUGAUAUUAUUUUGUUGUUUUGUGUCUGCCUAUACCGGCGAUAUUCUUGGUAAAUGCUGGAUUAUGGUGGUUAAUAGACACCCAGAAUUUGAUAAAGCUAAACUACGGUACCCAUACCCUACCAUAGGGCAAGAGGCAUUUGGUAAAUGGGGCAGAUUUGUGGUAUCGUUUUCAAUCAAUUUUACUCAGUUUGGUGGGACCGUUGUCUAUAUUUUACUCGCCGCUGAGAACAUUGUGACACUCCUGCCAUCCGACACUAAGAUCACGUGCUGCUACAUCGCGCUGAUUGUAGGCGCCGCCAUGACACCAUUCACGUGGCUUGGAACGCCCAAGGACUUUUGGGGAAUAGCAGCCGCUGCCACAUUAGCCACGUCUAUAGCAAGUGUUAUCCUGUUUGCAGCUGUCCUUUACAACGGAAGAGAGGUUGAUAUCUCAGAGGUGACGCACACUAAAGUUGACGUCAUAACAUUUUUUACAGCAUAUGGAACUAUAUGUUUUGCGUUUAAUGGACAUCCGGCAUUUCCUACAUUUCAAUCGGAUAUGGCAAAUCCGAGGAAAUUUGGAAGAGCUUUGAUAUUAGGAUAUCUUAUUGUACUCUUCAUGUACUUGCCAUCUUCGGCUGCAGGAUAUGCCGUGUAUGGGUCGCAAGUUCAGCCAAACGUUCUCAAUACUAUACCAAAAGGGGUUACAAGUACUUUGGUAUCUCUUUUAAUGACUGCUCACUUGUUAUUUGGCAUCAUAAUCGUCAUUAAUCCAGUGUCUCAGGAGCUCGAACAUUUCAUCAACAUACCUGAACAUUUUACAUGGAAGCGAGUUUUAGCCCGCACUAUAACUAUGGCAUCAGCGUUGUUUGUCGUUGCUUCAGUGCCACAUUUCUCUUCUAUACUAUCACUAGUUGGUGGUUCAACAAUUUCAAUAUUAGCAUUUAUCUGCCCCUGUUUAUUCUACCUCAAAUUAUGCAGAGGAGACAAAGAUCGAGAACCAGUACACAUUCCUCUACAUACGAAAGUGUUAUUGUAUGAGAUUAUAUUCACCGGUUUUGUAGCCGGAAUUGCGGCCACAUAUUCAGCCAUUACAGAUUUAGCGGUUAAUAAAUUCACAGUACCGUGUUACGUCGAUCCGAGCCGAGCCUGUUCACAACAAGCAGCCGGAUGAUAAUGAUGACCACAGUUUUAUUGUUGUUGUUGUUGUUUUUUUAAGAGACCAUCAAAAGCUGGAUAUUUUGAAAAGUCUGUGAUAACAGUAUCCUAUCCAGUAUACAUAUUCCAGUUUUCGGAGGGUCCGGUUUUCAGAGUUUAUACAGUAUCGUGUAUUACAAAACUCAAUUAGAUUAUUAUUAAGUUAUUUUUUACAAACUUCAAUAAAAGACGUUGGCAGAAGACUUUUAAGUUAAGAUAUAAGUUCAAAAUCCGAAAACGACAGGUUGAUAUAAAAAUAGCUUAAUAAAACAGCUUACAGCUUUUGGCAAAUAAAUGUUUUAUAUAUAAAUUAUGGUUUUGUUUAUCCUAUAUAUUUAUAUGGUGCUAUUGCAAUAUACGUGUAUGUAUCACAUAAUGAAAAUCUUUGCAGAUAACUUUCCUACCUCACUAGUCAUUUAUAUUUAUAGUUUUAUGGUAGUACAAAUUGCAUAUAUUACAAAAACAUUGUAUAACAGUAUUUUGUUGUUGACAAGAACUAGUGAACAGGCUCAAUUAAACCGAGUCUGCAAUUGUCAUAUAAAUUCAUUGUUUUCGAGGGAUCACACUCUCAUAUUGAAUAGAGAGUCUUAAUUAAAUAGAAAUAUUUAUGUAAUGUUACAAAUGGUUAACAUAUACAUGCAUUAUAUAUCCACAAUGUCCGUAUUAAGAUAUAUUUCUAUUAUUGAAUCUGAAUAUCAUUUUGUUUUUGCUGUUUAAAAUCGUUUCGUAUUUUCAAUAAAGGAAUGUAUUCAUACAAUGUACAAACAGGAAAAGUUGCAAUUAAACAGACUACAAAUUAUAUCAUUAUUUGUGAAAAUGCUUUUAUACAUGGAGUUAUGCUGUGUAUAUACAUAUUUAUAACACAAUAAUGCUAUCUGACUUUAACAUGCACAUGUUUACGCUUUUAAACAUGUUAAAAACGACUAUUUUUAAAUGUUUAGAGUUUGAAUGUCUUUUUUUAUCAUGGAUGUUUCGAGCCAUAAUUUUCUCAAUUUGAACAUCAAUUAGAGCUGGCCUGUAAUAAAUGUGUUUUUAAUUAUAUAUAUAAGUUAUCUAAACCUACAUGAGCUGAUAAAAUACAAUGUAUAUAAUGUAUACACAUGCAUAUAUCCGAUGCUGAUACCGAUAAAAUGCUGAUAAACUUAAAACGGUUUAUUUGUUUUAUACAUGCAAAUUUGUAGUAAUUGUUUGUUUUAUUGUGUUAUAAUUAAAGUCCAGUAAAGAAUACAUUCCAAGUUUUC